AUGAGGAUUGAAGGAAGAUGAAGGUAUAAGAAUGUAAGACAAACAAAAUUAGGGCAGAGAAAAAGGGAGGAGGAGAAGAGAGCAUUGACCGAAUCAGAAGGAAAUGGCGGAUUGUGUUGAUUCCUAAGAAUAGGCAGACAUGGCAGAGGUGGAGGCCAAGCUUUGUGUAAUGGAAAGGGAAAAAGAAAGGUCGAAUUUGUUAAUAUAGUUAGAGUUUUGAAACCAACUAAAACCAAAAUGACCACCUCAUAUUGCUUUCUCCUUCUCACUUUUGAUUUUGCUUUUCCUUCACAUUCAUCAACAUCAAUAUCAACAACAUCUUGAUCCAAUUCUCUUUUCCUCUUCUGGGUUCACCGGCGUCGGCGGCUGCUGUUUCUGUUGAUGGUAGCAUCGCCGGUCGGAACCCAUGGGAGGAGGGCGGGCGUCGACGGCACCUUCUAGAAAGGUUAUGGUGGUAGUAGAUCCUACCCGAGAGUCCGCCGCUGCACUCCAAUAUGCUAUUUCACAUGCUGUUAUGGAUAAUGAUCAGGUAAUUCUCCUUCAUGUUGAUAACCCUAAUUCUUGGAGGAACGCUAUUUCUACGUUCCUUAAGAGACCUAAUGGUGGUGGAUCUACUAAUAGUAAUAAUAAUAAUAAUGUUCAUGCUGCUGCUACUGCCACUGCCGCUUCCGACGGUGGACAAGGAGGAGGAGCUACGGCGGAUGUGGAUUUUCUUGAGGAGAUGAAGAAGGCCUGUAAGGUUGCUCAUCCGAAAGUGAAAGUGGGGACGCUGAGAGUUGAAUUGGAAGGCAAAGACAAAGCCUCUAUGAUUAUGGCUCAAACCAAAUCUCUCGGUGUCGAUCUGCUAGUCAUAGGGCAGAGGCGAAGUCUCUCCACAGCUAUCUUAGGAUAUAGAAGGACAGGAGGGGCAAUGAAAGGGGCAAAAAUGUUGGACACAGCAGAGUAUUUGAUUGAGAACAGCAAAUGCACUUGUGUUGCUGUACAAAAGAAGGGUCAAAAUGCAGGCUAUCUUUUAAACACCAAAACCCACAGAAACUUCUGGCUUUUGGCUUGAUAUCUCUACUCUCUUCCACCAUUUCCCAUUCUCCACAAUCCACCACCACUUUGUUUUCAAUUCAUCACUCACUCCCUCUCUCUCCAUUUCUUUUUUUUUUUUCUUUUCAGAAUCAAAACACAUUUGUCUUUUUAUUUGACCCCCAACCAUUGAGAGAUCAAGUGCAAGUUCUCUCCCACUUGAAUUUGUUGAUUCAUUCUUCUUCUUCUUCUUCUUCUUCUUCUUCUUCUUCAUCAUCAUCAUCAUCAUCAUCAUCAUCAUCAUCAUCAUCAUCAUCAUCAUCAUCAUCAUCAUCAUCAUCAUCAUCAUCAUCAUCAUCAUCAUCAUCAUCACCAUCUCUAGGCUUGGCUUGGCUUGGAUUGUUCACCACCCUCUUUUUCUUUCUUUCCAGGCAGUGCAUCAACAUUUAUUUGUACAUAACUUUUGGACCCACAGAAAUUAACCAACUGAAUAUGAGAUAUUCCACUCUUCUUUUUCUUUA